AUGGCACCUUUUUCUUUUAUAAAAACAUCCAUAUUAAUCUUUGCAUACCUAUUCUUAUGGUAUCAAAUCAAUGAUCACCACCAGGUGAGUGCAUUAAGCACAUUAAAGGAUGAUGAUGUGUCAGAUACAACCAGUUUGACCUCCUCAGAUGAAGAUAUAAACAAGACACAUGGUCGUUUGAAAACAGCACAAGGAAAUGGAAAAAAUAUCCCUCCGUCAUCACAUCAAGAGGAGUCGGAUGACAAUGAUGUGAGCACAUUGCUCGGAUCGAUAGACAACGAAUUGUUAGAAGAUACACUAUCAGGACAAACACCAUGUUCAUCGAAAAGGGGAAAAAAUAGUUCUAAAGGACUUGGAACAAAAAUAAAAGAAUGCUGUAAAAAAUUAAAACAUUAUAAAAAUAAAAAUAAAAUACUACUAACAACUGUAUUAGUUCUUUCAGUUCUGUACCCAUUAGCCUUGAUCGCCCUAAUUUUGGGUUUACUCAUGUCAAAUAGCAUUGGUGAUAACAUGCCAGCUUUCUAUAUAUGCUUAAUAACAGUUCCCGUAAUUAUUGUAUUAAUAUAUUUUGGCAUACUAUUCUGGUUCUGUCGUUCCAAAGUUUGGAUUAAAUGUAUUACGCAAAAUGACGAAAUACGAAAAUGUCUGCGAGAAGAAAUUCAAAAAGCACAACACAACCACCUAACUGACAACAACAAACCACGACCACGACCACAACAAUAA